AUGUAUCUUCUAGUCUAUGUUGAUGACCUCAUCUUAACAGGUAAUCAACCUAGUGCUCUUGCAUCAUUCAUUAACUGCCUCCAUAAUGAAUUUGCAAUUAAAGAUCUAGGGAAACUCAACUACUUUCUUGGACUGGAGGGUACCUACACCAAAAAUGGACUAUUUUUGAAUCAAUCUAAAUACACUUUGGACAUUUUAACACGUGCAAAGAUGUUGGAUGCCAAACCUGCUCCAACACCUUUAAGCACAAAUGUUUCUUUUGUGUCUACAGGUGACUUAUUCUUCAAUGCCACUCAUUAUCGUUCCAUUGUGGGAGCUCUCCAGUACUUAACGAUCACCAGGCCUGACAUUUCGUAUGUUGUCAACCAAGUCAGUCAAUUUUUGCAUGCCCCGACCAUUGCUCAUUAUCAGGAGGUUAAAAGAAUUCUUCGUUAUCUUAAAGGCACUUUAGCUUUUGGCCUUCACUACAGUCGUCCGACACACACAUCGCUGCUUGGAUACUCUGACGCUGAUUGGGCUAGAUGUUUAGAAACACGUCGCUCAACUUAUGGAUACUCUAUAUUUUUGGGCGGUAACUUAAUCUCGUGGAGUGCUAAAAAGCAACCAACUGUUGCGCGGUCAAGUUGUGAAUCUGAAUAUAGGGCCAUGGCCAACACUGCUGCCGAAAUAGUUUGGAUAACCCAUCUUCUUCAUGAACUUCAUGCUAUUCCUGCGGAUCGUCCAACCAUAUUAUGUGAUAAUCAAAGUGCCUUGUUUCUCACUCAAAAUCCAGUUUCUCAUAAACGUGCCAAACACAUUGAUCUUGAUUACCACUUUUUAAGGGAGCUAAUUGCUUCCGGGAAGUUAAUUACAAAAUUUGUUCCAACCAAGCUUCAGGUGGCUGACAUUUUUACUAAUAGUCUUCCUAAACCUCAAUUCAUCAACCUUCGUCAGAUGCUCCGUAUUGGUCCACCACCGUUUCGCUUGAGGGGGGGGAUAUUAGCUAACUUAUAUAUUCUAGUGUACUUAUUUGUUAUAUUUAUUUAUUCCUUAGUCCCUCUGUAUGUGUAUAUAUUGUAA